AGCAACCAAACUGAGAUCUCCUGUGUCCCAGCUUAGCAGUGCCUCCGACUGUUUGGGAAACACAUUCCCUAGAUUACAACAAGCUCUAUCGUGAUUUGCAGGUCUAUAUCCCACGGGGUUCACGUCCAACCGAUUGACUCGAUACUCCUAUCAAGCUAAAGGAGCCGCAUACUUCAAAGAGUCUAUUCCUCUCUCUUCUCUGUUUCCCCUUCUCCCAAGGGAAGUGAGUGAGGCCAGCCUUACGAACAAGAAAAUUCUUUCUCAAAGCGAGUUUCUCCGUCAAUUACACGGUAAUCUACAGGACUCGCAGUAAGCGUGAAAGUUGCUAUCCGGCUGUAAUCACAGCCCUACUGAUAUCGAGAUUGGUCCCAAGGAAAAUCGUUGCUUUCUUUCAAGGUCUACAAGCCAAGCUCUGAUAUGGGGAAAACAGUACUGUUUCGAUCUCCGUCAGCUUCAAGCAAUAGACCAAGCAUUGGAAUUCUGACGAUCCCAAAAGAAAGAUUCAAGAGAGCAAAGAUCAGACAUUCAAAAGCAGUUUCGACGUCUUUGAGCCAAAAAGGAGAGCAGUCAUCAUCACGAACUCAACAACAACACCUCACAAGGCACUGCACUCACCUUGAUGCCACCAAACCCAGCAGCAAGAUGGUACCCGAUGAUGACUCGAUUGUACUUUCGCCUGGAACAUCCGCAUACUCCGAUACCGAUGCUUCAAUUGAGCAGAUGUCCCCUAAUUUCGAAGUUGACGACUCCAGCCUCGACUUUUCCGAUGUUGACCUUGCAGUGGGCAUGCUGGAUCACCGCUUCCUCUACGAAUUUUCUUCACACUAUGAGAACAGCAAGAUUCCGAUCUCAGUGUUCGAAGAGAGCAAAAACUCAAAUACAGAGAUCGCCAACUUCGAGUUUGAGUCUCCUUGUCAGGCAGAUGAGUUGUCGUGGCAGAAUUGCUUUGAGUGUGCUUCAAUGUGGAAUCAUGAGAUUGGGAGAACUUUGACAAAUCUCUAGUCUGUGGGACUUAAUCUUUUGCAAGCCCAGGAAUAGAAAUCAUUUCGAUCCUGGUGUGUAUGCUGACUCGGAAUUCAGCAGCUGCCGAUGCGCAUGUGAUAUCUAGUUGUACAUAGAGCAUCCAUUAUAAUAGCCUUGAGUUGGUUUAUGGAAUAAAAACAAGAAUAAGGAUCAGCUAUUGUGCUCCUUCGGCCAUCUGCCUAUCCAGAAUUUUUCAUCCUGGAGUCCUGUGUUGCGUACACCACAACCCCCAUCAGAGGUAAGCUAUGGUCUACCCGAGAGCACUAUGGCACUAUCACGGCACUGAAUCAUAUCAGAGCAAGAAAUCUCCUAUCAUGUUCUAGGGACGUACCCCUUGUGGCCGCAAACCUGACAGAAGUGGUCCUUGUGUGCCCAUGGGGGUUUAUUGAAGCCGCGGGAAUGGUAGAUACCAUUCGAUAGCACUGUUGUGAUGUCUUGUGCGGUUCCAAAACAUGUGGAGUCUUUCGGAUGGUUCAGAGCUCUCGAUAACUUACCUCCUCCUCGCUCGGCCCCUUCCCCAUCAUUGCCGUGUUUCAG